AAGGCAACCAAACAUGAAUUCUCUUGUAGCACUAGCAGACUACGCUUCUUCUUCAGGCUCAGAAUCGGAGUCUGAAGCUAGGGUUCCGAUUUAUCGUCGAGAAAAACAAAGUGAAAAACAACAGAAUCUAUUGACAAGUCAAGACACCUCAGACUCGGACUCUGAUGAUUAUCAGAAGAAAGACUUGUUUAAACAAUCUCUAAAGAAAACUGCAAUUGGAAAAUACGUAGAGAAGGAAAGCGAUGAUAACGGUCCUUUGCCUUUGCCUCAAGGUUUCUCAUCAUCAGAAUCUUCUGAAGGAACCAAGAACCUCAUCAGUUUAUCUGUCUUUGCAAAUCCCUUUGAGCAAGCCAGACAAGAUCAACUAUCUAUCCUCGAAAAGCAUGUGAAGUUGAAGGAACAAGAAAAGCCAGAGAGUGCUGAUGAUAGAGGAAAUAAAAAAAUGUGCUUUAAAUUUCAGAAGGGAAAAUGUAGGUUCGGAGACACUUGUAAGUUCUCUCAUGGAGCUGAUCAUAAGCCCGUGGUGCUUACUGGGGGAAAUCAAGAACCUUAUCCUAGUGCUGCAAGUGGAGGCUACAUGGGGGCGCCCUUCCAGGAUAGAUAUUAUCAAGAUAGUGAGGGACAAAGAGCAGAAGAGGAGGAAGAGACUGUAAGAAAGAGGAGAAAAGAAAGAGCAGGACUGAGUGAGAAACUUGUUCCAUCCAAGAAAGCAAUGAGAAUAUAUAACCGGCACAGAGAACAAGACAGACCUUGGACUACAAAGAGAUAGCUUCAAUUAAUGAGAGUUACACUAUUUAUAUAAUAAUACCAGCUACUUAGCACACAGAUCCACCUUUCAGUGCCCGUGGUGCAUCAAGAAAGUGAAUAUAUGUAAAUUAUAUAUUAGAGAUAGAUUAGAAUUUUUAAAUAUGAAUUCCCCUGAACACAAUACACUAUUCAAUCAUUACUAAGAGAGGAACAAGUACUAGGUUUUCAGUUUGGAUAUGAAUGUUUUGAAAGAUUUGUGUAAUUGGAUAAGUAGUUGAUUCCAAAGCUUUGAUCCUACGACUGAAAAAGCAUGAUCUACGAUCUGUGUUUAAUUCCGGGGCCCUGUUGCACAAAAGUUACCAUUAAGGUAAAUUUUCCGUGCAAAGGUAACUUGCAUGGAAUCCUUGAUUUUGAUUGGCUGUUGAUCAUCAUUACCAUUGGCUGACAAAGUUACCAUAAUAGUAACUUUUAUGCUGCGGGGCAUGGGUUAUGGAGCGAUCGAGCAUUUGCUGAUGAGUGGAGACUACGUGUAGGGUGAUAUAUUGAGCUAGAGCUCUGCACAAAUGUGGGGAUUUGGAUGAAACAACUUGAUACUGCAUUUGUUAUGAUGCAAGUCAUGUAGUUUCAUUUCAUGUUUAAUACAUGUGUGUAUGUGUUGUCUCUUAAAAACUCUCUAAGAUGUAGAGGUCAUUUAUAUCUUCAAGAUAACAAUCUACUUUGCUGUAGGAUGUAUUUUUGUUUAAACCCUGUCUUAAGCUUCGGUUAAUUCCCCAUAAUGUCACUAUCACUUUUCCUAUUCAUUACCAGAUUAUAUGAAUUUGUAUGCCCUAAAACAGGUAUGAUGUGGAGGAUAUGAAAUAAAAAUGUGUUUUUCAGGACAAAUUUUUUAAUUUUACAUGAAAAUUUAAUUUGAUCUGUGAUCAAAGUAAAGUAUCUGUUUGAUUUUUUCCAUGAUAUAAAAUCUAUUCCAAAGCACUGACUGGGCUAAAAAUGUCAGGAUAUGAUCUUUGUCUGUAGCUUCUUGAUAUCAAUUCCCUAAAUUUGUAAAAUAAAUGGUCAAAGAGCUGUUUUAAAGUGAAAAUAUGAAAAUCAGUGAGAGAGGGCAGUCAGUCGGCAAGCCCUGAAAAAGUAGCUUCUUUUAUCCAAGUGAUAUUCAUGACUAGAGGGUUUUUGCAUUGUUAAUGAGCUUGGUGCGGACCAAAACACCUCUUUUUAUUCGGCCAUUGCUACUCUAAAUAUUGACCAAAUUUCAUGUUUUUGGUAUCUUUGUAAAGAAAAAGAAUCAAUCUUUCAGGUCAUGUGUUUAGAUUUUUAAAAGGAUUUUGUAAUAUAAGGGAAACUUUUGAUCUAAAACAUGAAACAAAAUGAUUUUUUUCAUGCAACAAAAGUUGCUGUUUUCACACUUAAUUUCUGUUUGAGCACAAGUGAUUUUUAGAUUAUGAUAAAGCUAAAGAUCUAAGCUUUAAUAUGAUAUAAUUUUUUUUAAGAAGAUGUAUUUUAGAUGGGUCAGCAGCCAGCUUUUCAUAGGCCAAGUACAUUGAUUUAGCAGCUCAAAAACAAGAAUACUGCGCUCUGAUUGGUCAUAGAGACCACACACCCAUGCAAAUUCCAAUGUUCCCCACACUGGGCCUCUGCAAGGUCACACUCACCAUGUGGUAAUCUCUUCAAAUUACCUGCGCCUGUUGUUUUGAAAACAUUAUUCAGCCAAUCAGAACUCUGGAUUUUACGUUACUCAGAAAUUUCAGAAAUCUUGUCUUGCAUCUUGAUGGAAAAAGCUGGCUGCUGACCCAUCUAAAAGAUGCCACGUAUCAAGAGUGACAUUGUAAGAAAGUAUAGGGUUUGAGCUUUCUGAUGAUAUAAAUAAUGUUUGUGCCUAAAACACAAAAUGUUGCACAAUUUGCAAGUGAAAACAGAGGAAGAAAAUUAUUUUUGAUGCAUCUUUUUAGGUAAAAAAUUCACUUAUUUAUCAAAAUAUUUUAUUCAAAAGAAAUAACCAAUAUAAAAGAGUAACAUUUACUAUUUCCCAUGGUACAAAAAUAAUCAAUAUUACUUAAGGAGAAAGUGGUUAAAUUCUUUGAGAAAGAAAGUCUCACAAUUCACAAGAUUUUGCAGGGACAUGAAUUCAGCCACGAGAGGACUUGGAUAAAUCUUGCUCAUUAACACAGGGGCUUGCAGACUGACUGAGGGUGCUAGAUAUGUUGGAUUUUUUUUUAAAGAAUUGCUGGUUAAAAUAAAGAUCAACUGGCUGUGACAGGUUUUUAAAGGGGAAGUUCACACUGAUAAAAAGUUUAUUGUAAAAAUAGCAGAGAGCAUAAUAAAAAAACAUUGGUGAAGGUUUGAGGAAUUUCCAUCAAUUU